AUGACACGGCUCCCACAAUUACCCGCGGAGAUUCUACUUCACAUCGUCAACGAGGUCCGAUCCAACAAAGACCUGGCCGCAUUCUCGAGGAGCUGCCGUACGGUUUACAUUCUGUUGACACAGGAAAUGCUACUACGGCGAGAGUACCGCUGGAUUCGAUUGAAGUCAAACAGUGACUUUGAAAGAGGCUUUGAUCUCUUGCUAGCCAUCUUGCGCCGGCCGCAGCUGGGCCACUUGGUUCGCCAUCUGGAGCUUGACCGACCGCCAGCGUCGUACUGUGACUAUCGAGUCCAAAACAAGGACCUGAGACAUCUCGAGGAUGGGGAUUUGGAGAAGCUGCGAGCAGCUAUCGAAAAGGCCGGGUUCGCAGGAAAAUCCGGGGAAAAUAUACUCAACAUGGUUUUACAGCCAUAUAAAUUUGAAUCGUCUUAUAUGCCUGCUUCUCGGGAAAACUUGCCAGCUGUCUGGGUUGCACAGGCACUCGCCGCGUUGCUGAUCUCGGUGUCUCCAUACAUGGAAUCCAUGACUACGAGCAUGGCUUAUUAUAAAUUUGCUGGGCUUCCCGGCUCAUCUUUUACAAUGGGAGAAUUACCACAAUUCCCGCUGGAACGGCUUUUGAUGGACACAAAUUACAAUCCACAGGAGAAGCCCUGGCUGCAGUAUUUACAGUCAGUGGAACUCAACGACACUUUUACCAAUUGGGGUCCGAGGUGGCCUCAUGAAACAAUUGACUUUGGCAUGCUUCGAUACUUUUGUAAGCUGCUCUCGAUAGAAAGAGUUAAAUUUGACCGUCUGUAUGAAAAUGGCUUCGGCUUUACUCCACCGUCGUCGUCAAAUAUAAGUCGGAUUUGGAUCGAACAUUCUAAUGUACACACGAUGUGUCUUAUGUAUUUGAUUAACUCAUGCAAAACGCUGAAAGAAUUUCACUACAGCACCGACCAUCUUCUCAAGCCGAAUCGUGCUUGGACUUCGUCCUUCAACCCUCGGACUUUCUUGAAAGCGAUUCUCGGGCACAAAACAACACUAGAAGUAUUAGAUAUUAACACGGAUAGUGAUUGUACCUAUAUAGAUAUGCAGGAGAUACCCUUUGAUAUUGAGACAAUCCCCCACGAGGAAGACGAACGAGACUGGGACGAUGAGGAAGUCGUGGGGUUGGAAGAACUUUGGGGUCGAAGCGGCUCACUCAGCGACUUUUCAUCCUUGACACAUCUUAGUAUUGGUGUUUCGGUCUUUUUCUACUUAGCCAGGGGCUCGCAGAGCAUGGACACGGACGACCCUACCAAGAUCAUACCAUUCGAUCAAGUCGUGCUAGCGGAUGCCUUGCCACCCAGUUUGGAAUCGCUUUGUCUUCGAGGAUAUCGUGAAGGAGUGCGACUGGAUUUUGAUGAAUCCAUCACCCGUUUCUUAGCCGAAAAGGAUGCAAAACUACCGAAUUUACAGAAAGUCACCGGUAUUAAAGAAUUCGUCGCGAGCGUAGUUGUCGAUCCUCCGUACAAUGAAGAACUUUUGCUGGAAAGCGACGAAGAAGAUUGGACCGAAGAUUAA